ACUUUCAUCACUGAGAGAGACACGAAGAGAGACAGUGCUGGACAGUUGCACACGUAUGUACGGUGCGGUGCAGUUGACUGAUGAACGAGGUUAACGUCAUCUCAUCAAGUGGGUCUUGACAGUUUAAUAUCAUGUCAAAUCGAAGUUGAUAGGAAUACUAGAAUUAACACACAUCGUAGCCAAAUGUUUGUUGAUAAUUAUCACGCGUGAAAAAAAAAAAAAAAUACAUGUGUAUGUAAAUAUAUGGGCCCCAUUUUGUCGAAAAAAAUUGUAAUUUCUUUUUUCCGACCUUAUUAUUUUGCCUUUGCUCGUGUCUUCGCUCGCUUAACGUUACGCGAUUCGUUCAUUAUUUGACGAAAUGAUGCCAAACACGGACAUUUAUGACAGCUUGUACUUGUACGCCACUCCGGAGAAAUUUUUUGUAGAACCAGUUGGGACCAAAGUCCUGCUAGUAGUUGAUAGAGUGAGUCAGCAAAUCUACACGCAAGUUGGCACAGCUAGUCAAAUUCCAACAACUGCCAGCCGUAGAAAAAUAUGGGGACUCAUAGGAACUAUACGCCUUUUGGCGUGUCGUUACCUCAUUGUUAUUACAGACGCUCAGAUGUGCGGAACUAUAGCGGGACAUAAUAUCUACAGAAUAUCUUCUACAGAAGUAAUACCGUACACAAGAUCGUCUCUACAUUUGACUGAGAAACAGGUGCAAUAUAAUGCCACGUACUUGGAGAUGGUAAAAUCUGUCCUGAAUACUCCAUACUUUUACUUCAGUUACACAUACGAUCUCAGCCACACCAUGCAGAGAUUGCAUAACACAACACCCGAAUUCUUGCAAAUGCCGUUUCACGAUAGGGCGGAUUCCAGGUUUGUAUGGAAUGCCUAUCUUCUGCAGGAUUUAAGUGCCAGACCAGAGCAACAUAAAUUUUGUUUACCCAUCAUUCACGGCUUCAUCUCACUGAACACGGUAGUCGUAAAUGGCGUUGCAUUCAAUUGGGGCAUUAUCUCCAGACGUAGCGUACAUCGUGCCGGCACGAGACUAUUUUCGCGAGGCAUAGACGCUACCGGGAACGUCUCCAAUUACGUGGAGACGGAACAGUUGAUUGAAGUAAAUGGUGAUCGCAGUUCCUUCGUGCAAACGCGCGGAUCUAUUCCUCUAUUUUGGUAUCAAACACCGAAUUUAAAGUACAAACCAAAGCCGCAAAUCAGUCCACACGAUGAUCAUCAAAGCGCUUGUGCCCGCCACUUCGAUAUUCAGAUCUUUCACUAUGGAAGACAAAUUCUAGUUAACUUGAUCAACCAGCACGGAGCGGAAGCUCUGCUUGAAAACGCAUAUCGCAAUUUAGUCCAAAGAAUCGGCAAUCAAAAUGUUCGAUAUGAAGCCUUCGAUUUUCACGCGGAAUGUAAAAGUCUGAGGUGGGACAAACUGAACACUUUAAUGGACCGAUUGGCCCAUGAUCAGGAACAAAUGGGAUAUUUUUUGUUGAUGAGGGACGGAUCGCUGAUCUCAGCUCAGGACGGUGUUUUCCGUACAAACUGCAUUGACUGUUUAGAUCGAACAAACGUUGUACAAAGUAUGAUAGCGAAGCGAGUUCUCAACGAGGUAUUGAGCAGGCUGGAAAUACUUAGGAAGGUGGAAGAUCAUCCCGCUUUUGAAAAUCUGUUCAAACAGGUAUGGGCUGACAAUGCCGACGUGGUAAGCGUUCAAUAUUCAGGCACAGGUGCGUUAAAGACAGACUUUACACGAACUGGAAAACGCACUAAAUUGGGUGCAAUGAGAGACGGCAUGAACUCGCUAACGAGGUAUUACAAAAACAACUUUGCCGACGGUUACAGACAAGACGCGUUAGAGCUCUUUCUGGGUCGUUAUAUUGUGCAGGAUGGCGAGUGCACUUCUGUUCCAUGUCCCUUGGAAUCCGAGCGAAAUUGGCGUUACGCUACAUUCCCGCUCGUUCUCUUAGUCGCGUCCUCGAUGCUUGUCGCUCAUAUAAUAUUGCCGUCACGAUACACAACGGAAAUAUUACUUUACAUGUUGUUCUGGGGCGCCAUGGUCGCCGGCACCUUCGCAACCAUUAUCCAUCAUGGCAAGCAAUAUGUCGACAAGCCGAAAUUACUUUAGAAAUAAUCAGUGACUCCGAUGUGUGUUUAUUUGUGUGUGUACGUGCAGAGUUUCACAUAAUUGUACAAUAAGAAUAAUCCGAUGGCGAUAAGGAACUGUAGAUUUAUCAUUGUUUAUCAAUCUUGCACAGUUUUCAAUUGUGGAGCAAUAACCGGCCGGUAUCUCUCGAUUUGUUUUUGUUUUUUUUUGUAUGAUAGCACAAGAAUAGAUCUCGUCGCGCGACGUAAUACUAACAAUCCUUAGUUUCUAUGGUGUAAACAUUUUUAUUCCCGGCGGUGUUCGCAUGAUCCAUGCCCCGCCAGAUACACGAUCUUAUCGGUUGUACGCAGAUGCACGCAGGGAUAUACAAGGACAUUGAUACCUCUUUACUAAUUAUCAUUACGAUAUCUUGAACUUUCCGCAAUAAAUAAUGGAGCAUGCAGUUCUUCUC